AUGCUGAACGUCAAAAUUCCCCGCUCCAUGGAAUUGUCGAACAUCACCAACUGCCACCAGCUGAACGUGGUCGUCGGCCAGCUGGCCAAUUCCAGCACCGAUUCAAUUGUCGACCAGGUAGUUGGUCUGGAGUCGGAAGCUAGUACGGCGAGAACAAACGCCGCCGAUAAUGGAACUUCAACUGCCAACAACAGUGAAAGCCCUGGCCCGACAACAUCAUCAACGCCACCAUCCACCGAAGUGGUCACCGAAAGUGCCACAACAGUGCCAUCAUCACCACCUUCAACAUCAUCAAGCGAACUAUCAUCAACGACAUCAUUAUCACCAGUGACCACCACUAGUGCUGCACCCGAAACGACAGCGACGAGUGCACCGAGCACUGAAACUGUUUCGACUUCAACUGUCGCUUCUGUGGUUGGUGACAACAACAGUCAGUCGACCACUGUCAGUGCACCCGAAGAGCUCUCAACACCCGAACAGAAACCGGUCGUGGGCGCCACAAAUUAA